AUGGACUCGAAAUUGUGUCCGAGGCAAACAACCCGUUUCAAGAGAUGUUCUUCUCAUCGUGAUUCUAAGACAACGAGUACGAGUUUAGCCAUGAGAGAAGAUACCAUGUUUAAGAAAGCUUACGAGCUUUCGACUCUCUGCGACAUCCAAGUCUGCGUACUCUAUUACGGCCGUGAUGGAGAACUCAUCAAGACAUGA